UUUGGUGUAUAAUACACAAAUUAUUUUUAUAAAUGUAUCGUAUGUUCGGUGGUACAGAGCCAGAAUCGUCAUCGAAAGGCUAUCUUCAGGAACCCUUAAGUCUGAGGGAAGAGUUCCGCUCCCGCAGAUUCGGGCUAGGUCAUUCCAAUCCUUCCGAUUUUUUACGAUCUCAAUGGCAAUCAAAACCAAAGUCUUCUAUUUUCUUGGCCUAUCGAUGGCUUCUGGGCGGAUUCUUUAACGUCGGAUUGGUCAAUUAUGUUAUUCAAUACUACAGGAACGGAACUGUUUUUAUCUACCUGACCAACUGGGCAUUUAUUAUGUGCGGCAUCACCAGCAUAACAGGAGCCGUACUUGUGACCAUAUAUCACUGCAAACCGGAAACAUGGGUUCCCCCCAGGUGCGUGAUCAAGACUUAUUGGGCCUUUUAUUGGACCACUAUAAUAAUGGAAUGUUUGAUCGCAAUUACCUAUUGGGCAGCCAUAUAUCCCGACGAUCGCGUGCUUACUAACCCGACGCGAGUCUCCGAUUUCUAUAACAUAUUUAUACACCUUCUGCCGCCGAUUUUCUUCACCAUCGAUCAUAUCAUAGUGGCGCAGCCAGCCCGUCUGCUGCAUUUCGUCUAUCCAAUGGUAUUUGGUUAUUCAUAUGGACUAUUCGCCUUAAUAUACUAUGAACUGGGAGGUCUUAACUACAACGGGAAUUCCUUUAUCUAUACAUUUCUGGACUUUGAAAACCCGAAGAAGGUGCUAGUCACGGUGUCAAUGAUAACUUUGGCGACGGUCUUCCUGUCAGUCCUGCAAUAUGGAGUCUAUCGGCUAAGGACUUUCAUAGCACGCAAGAUGGGGAAACUUCUGUGAUGCUGUUCCCCUAAUAAUUGCAUUAAAGUGAAGCGUGUCAAAACUUUAAAACUAAGCAUGCAGACAGUAAAGGGGGGAGAUAGCUGUACCAACUUGAAGACACCCUAUAGAAAGUCAUUAUAGUUUUAUUCAGCCUUGCACAGCUAUUUAUGAAAUAUUUUUAAAUCUUUUCCCCUUAUAUAGAGAGAGACAAUCAACUUCUGCUGCUGGUGAGCACUGGGCAUAAUAAAGACCACAGCAAAAGAGGAGGGAUGUCAAAACAAAUUCAGCUUAUUUGUCCUCUGAUAUGUCGGACUUGUUUUGUUG